UAAUAAGGGGGCAGCUCCAGCAAGUACAAAGUUCCAGCUCCCUUUCCUGACUCCCUCCGGGGCUCCCCUGCGUCCCUCUGGAUGGCACCCACUUCUUACUGCUACUCCUGUGUGCCCAUGGAUGAGUUCCCAAAGAAGCUGAGGGACCGCAAGCUGCCAGUGUGGGUGGGGAUCCUGCUGUUCCUACUGGUGGUAGUGGUGGCAUCCCAGGCGACACUGAUGAUUGCCCUGCAAAAGGAGAAGGCUGGGGGCCGCAAGCAACAGGAGCUGGUGCAGAAGCUUCAAGAGGAAAUCAAGACAUUGAAUCAGGAGCUGCAGGAGAAAUCCUCAGAGCUGGAGCAACUAAGAAAAGAGAAUGAGGCCUUGGUCUCUGCCAAGUGCCCCCCCGACUCUGGAAUCACCCUCCGUCUCUCUGUGGCCGCUGUGCUCCUGACACUUAGUCUCCAGGCUCUGCUGGUCUGAGGUCCCAGGAAGCCUGCCAGGAAAGCACAUUCUAACCUGGCUGAGAGUUGUACACCCAGGGACAUGGGGAUUAACCUCAGAAUGCAGUUCAUGCUUCUUUUCUGAGAGUUUCCUGUCAUCUUGGAAAGAUAACAACCUAGUCCCAGAGGCGCUCUCUCCCAUUUGGCCAACAAUCUAUCCUAAUAAAUAUUCAUAGGAUUCAA